AUGACUUCACGAUAUAGUAUCAUCCUAGUAAGGCCAAUGUGGUGGGCGAUAACAGAUUUGAGAGUGAUGUUCACUCUACUUAGUCUGUUUGAUGAUGGUAACCUAUUAGCCGAGUUGCAGGUUAAGCUGACUUGGAUUGAUCAGAUUCGAGAGAAGCAGUUAAGGGAUGAGUCUUUGGGUCUGUGGUUUUGUCAGAUUGAGAGUGGCAGUACUUCAAAUUUUGGAUUGAACAAUAAUGGUGUUCUGUGUUUUCAAGGUCGGAUCUGUACGCCAAAUGACCCUGAUUUGAGGCAGUCGAUUCUGAGGGAGGCGUAUAGUAGCCCUUAUGCUAUGCAUCCCAAUGGUAAUAAGAUGUACCAGGAUCUCCGUGAAUUGUACUGGUGGUCAGGUUUAAAGCAUGAGGUUACAAAUUUCUUUGCUUGUUGUUUGAUGUACCAGCAAGUUAAGGCUGAGCAAAGUUGCCUUCGAGUUUGUUACAGCCAGUUAAGAUUCCUUUAUGGAAAUGGGAAUGAGUGA